UGGCGUGGAGAGCCUUGGAGGAGCUGUGAGAGAACCAGGGAGAAAGACAGUGUAUAGGAUGUGACUGAGAUUCCCUGUCAAACCAGCCAGGAGGCGGAGAAGAGAAGAGGUGGGAUUGGACAGAGGGAGAGGAGGAGAGUGAGAGAACCCCCUCCCCCCACUCCACCCCACCCAUUCUCCAGUCGUUCAGCGUCAGUGAAACCCCUAAUGUGAUCAAGAUGGAAGCUCAAGCUAUCUUUGGACUUUGUACCGUGCUCCGGAUUUUCGGUUGGCUCCGGGGGCUCCCUGCUCUCUGCUCCCAGAAAGGGGUAAAGUCAGCAAUGGAUUUGAUUUGAAUCCGCAAACCCUGAGAGCAUUCCUCGGAACCGGGAAUUAGGACCGAUAUCUCAGGAAAAGGGGGAUUCGUUCCUUGAGAAAGGCUUGUAGAAUUGGAUUUGUCUGUCCUCUGACUUUGAUGGAUGGCUAACUCUUCAACCCCAUAGUGUUUAACCUCUGUUAUCUUCUGUUAUUCAGUCUUAUGUUGCUGCUGUGUGGGACUGCGACAGUACCCCUCUGUAUUCUGGUGGAGUAUUGACAGUGACGCAACUCAUCCAGGCACGUUGUGUGAAGUGGCACACGGAUUACGCUAAUUGAGUACAUUUUACUUCUGUGUGAGAAGUUGUAAUAAGUACAUAGUGCCCUCCCUAACUCAUGGGCCAGUUGACGUCAGAGGAGGAAGUCACACCGGGUCACCCUCCAUCCAACAGCAGUCCUGUGGAUGCUUAAGGAAGCUCAAUAGAACUGCACCGUAUGGUCCGCCAUUUUGGUUCUACAUCUUUAAAGGGCUCUAUGGUUAGCAGUGGGAGUCCGCCAACCAUGCUUGUCGCCAUACGGAAAAGAAGUUGGGAGGAUCACGUGACUCACCGCUCCGGGUUACAGUACAGCUACGACGACCUGGACCUGGUCUGUUGCCAUGGCGUCAGUGGCGACGGGCCUCGGCUGGCAUCUGAGGGGUCCAAGCAGGGGCGCAGGGAACGAUGUGCCUCCAUGCCGGAGUGCUGUCACCGGCCACGCCCCGAUGGCCUCAACAAUGGGCCGGGUCACACGUUGGAGUUUGUGACCUCGGUCAACGUGGAGGACAAUGGCGAUCACUCUGAGCCGGGGCACGUGAUGUCAGCAGGCGACUUUGAUUCAACUGUUGUCCCUGUGUUCCAGGCUGAGCUGGUAGAUGGCUCUGAUGUGACUGUUGAUGAUGAUGACCUCACCGGGAGGCUGACGGAGUCUGAACCUGGAGGAAUGCCGGACGCUGGUGAGGACUCAGUUGGCAGCCAAUCUCACUGUGACCUGGGCAAUGGGAUUCUUCAGCCAAAGCCAAACAUCAUCUGCACUGCAGACAACAGUCAUGAGGAUGAGUAUGACAUUGAGGAUGGCACCGAUGAUAACGAGCAUCCCAACGUUGUUGACGACCGCGUUGCAAUCACUGUUCAAUCUGUCUCUGUUGACGAAGGACAAAGGGUCUCUAUCUGUCCGGACAAUGGAUUUUCACUGGCCUUUUCUGUUGGUGAGAAAACUGGCAGGCAUCCAGAACUCCUGGAGACAAUGGCCGACCAUACAGACGGUCAGGUUGGACUUCCAGAACCCUUAGUGGACACACAGACCCAGUCUCAUCAUACUGAAGUUGAACCACGAGAGGACCUCUCCACCUUGGAUGAAAGCAACAUUACUGACCCGGGUAAAAGAACAGGAGUAAUACAGCCAGCGGCCAUUUUGGAUUCCUCAAACAAACCAGAGUGCAAUGGUGAUGUAAUAUCAGAUGUUAAGGUGGAGAUCUUGGAGGCUCCUGUUGCAGACGUUAUGGAGGGGGAAGCUAUGGGGGAAGAUGUUGAGAUUAAAGCCUUAGAAUGGAAGGCUGAGGAUAGUGUUGAAGGUGCUGACGGAUUGAAUGUUCAGAGGAAAAUGUAUGAAAGUCAUGAUACAUUUGACCAGAUUCUGAGGGGGCAACAUGCUGUGUCAGUGGAUGGCAGACAAACAGAACAAGAGCGGCAUGAUAGCAUGAGGACUAAUGAUGGUUGUGAAAUAGCUCAGGACCAGACAGUGUUGAGAAAGGAGGAUGUUAACAUGGUGGAGAUGGAAGGGUCCCAAGGAGAGGAAAGGGCUCUGGAAAUGGGCAGGGAGAAAACCCCUGAGGAUAAGGCAAGUGUGGAGUCUGUGCAUGCUUUGUGUGUCACAGUGCAACGUUCCGAGGACCUGGACAGACGCCCAUUAGCUGGACAGCAGAAUCUUGAAAGUUCAAAAAUGGACGGAAUAAAGGAACGGACUACCGUAGAGGACACGGAUCAUCCAAUGAUACAGGUGCAUUCUGGUGACCUCACAGUGGAGAAUACGAGUGGCGGCUUGAGGUCCAAAGACUCAACGUGUUCCGAAGAACUAACCUCGGCUGUAACAGCCCAAGGACAGCACAGCGAUGGUGGCUCAAAGCUGAACACCAUCCAUGAGAUUAACCAAUCCGAAGCAGAGGAUGACUCAGUCCCACUGGGGAGACAAGGGGCUUCAGUCAUGGGUAUACCCACCUCUCCAGCAGCCAGUCUGCCCAAUAUGGACACUCUCAGUCAACCAACGUGUCCUAAGGAGGCAAAUGAGCCCUUGCUGGAGAGAUGCCAUGGCAACCAAGCCCCUGUUAAACAAUUAGGUGAGUCACCUGUUUUAGAGGCAGCCUACGGUCAGAAAGAACAGGACAGGCCCGGUGAUACACAAGCUGUAACGGAGGCGAUUGAGGAAGUAGCGCAUCCAGGUAACCACGGCAACACUCACCUUGGCGACAAGGCUUCAGACGUGAAGCGAGAGGCCAAAUGCGGGGAUGACAAGGGGGAGGACCAUGUGGUGAAACUUCGCGCUAGAAAGAGUUCUAGAGAGGAGCAGGAGCAUUCUCGUCUGGACUCCAUGGUGUUACUGCUGAUGAAGCUGGACCAGCUGGACGAGGAGAUCGACACGGCCCUCAGCGCCUCCUCCUCCUCCACCAUGGCCAUCACCCCCACCCUCAGGAGACACCAGCGAAGGGAAGUGGACUUCGACUCAGUAAAGCCCGUUGGGAGAGUGUCAAGCACUUCUCAGUCUGUGAAUACUCCACAACAGCAUCAAGUAUCCACUACUCUGUCCCCCACUAGGCCGACUGCUGCUCCCGGGACCAAACCCAAGACUGGGAGCCUGUCUGCCAUGCCCAAGACAACCCAAAGAAACGAUAUGCACACGUGGAAAGGCUCCUCUGUAUCUGUACAUCCUCACGGACAAACCUGCUUCAUAUGUUGCCGUGGCAGCCAAGGUGCCGAGAUGGAGGCCAAAGAGGCGUGCACCUGGCUCCGGGCUGCCGGUUUCCCACAGUACGCCCAGCUGUACGAAGAUGGCUUGUUCCCCAUUGAGAUUGUGUCUGUGACCAGGGACCAUGAUUUCCUGGACCGAGAUGCCAUCGAGGCUCUGUGCAGGAGACUGAACACCCUCAACAAGUGUGCCCUGAUGAGACUGGAGAUCUCCCCACAGAGAAAGAGAAGUGAGGAUUCAGACGAGGAAGAGCCAUGCGCCAUCAGUGGCCUUUGGACCUUCCAGCGGGACAGCAAGCGCUGGUCUCGCCUGGAGGAGCUGGAUGUCUUCUUCCUCCCGGGUGGAAACCAGCCGCCCUUCCCCCAGGUCCAGAGACCCUCGGCCGGUCAGGGGCAGCUCCGCGAGGGCCUGAGCUCCGAGAGUGUGCUGACGGAUCUCAGCGAGCAGCCCGAGGUGGCCUCGCUUCACAGCAGCGGGAGUGUGGGAGAGGGAGGGAUAGUCGAUGGUGCCACAUCUAGUGAUGCCACCCCAGCGGCGGGCGCCACCCGCGCCAACUCGAUGGCCAGCAUGUGCUCCUCCUCGGGCACGGGCGGGUCGUGCGGCGCCACCGAGGACUCGCUGUCUGACGGGCAUCCACACUCACCAUUGGAGACGACCCAAGGUCACUUCUCCUUCGACGGCAAGUCCAGUGGAAUUGUGGGAACAGGAGGGAUAGAAGGAGGAGGGAGUGAGGCUAGAGGAGGGAAGAGCACGCGCUCACGGGCCAAGAGUUUCCUCAAGCGCAUGGAGAGCAUCAGACUGAGGAGCGCCACUUCCAAUAGCAAGAAGAAGAACGGAGGCGGGGGAAGACCUUCCAAACUGGAGAUCAGCGGGCCGGUCAUCAAAGAAGGACUAGACGACGACAAGCUACGGCGCCUCAACUGCGUUGACAUCUCCACCCUCAACCCGACCCAAACCAUGACCCUGAACCGUAACAGGAGUGUAUCCUACUCCACGCAGACCAGCAGUGGCAGCAUGGGGAGCUCCGGAAGCACGGGCAGUAGCCAAUCAGAAGCAAGCAGCGGGAGCACCGUUAGCACCCCGAGCCCGGUGACACGAACCCGAAGCCACAGCACCGCGGUGGGAGCCAGUAAGAGAGGUGGGAUGUACCUGGAAGGCUUUGACCCGUUAAGCGUGUUCCUACAGCCGCCUGGAGAACAACAGCCCCCAGGUUCAACCCAACCCAAAACCAGACAGAAACCACCUCAGCAACAGCCUAGUAACCGGAUAGUGGCUGAGCAAAACCAAAGCAAGCGUGGUCGCCUCAACGGAGAGAUGGAGGAGGAAGAGGAGGAAGAAGGCGUGAUUUUCUUCUACCUUCCCGAAGGCCACAAACCGGGCACAUUCCCCAAAGCGCUCGCCGACGGCAAACAACCACCGCAAAGUGGAAAUGCAGAUCCGCGCUAUCUCGGUAGUCGAUGCCAAACGCGUUGCGGCUCCACCGGCUCAAGGGACAGCCGCCUGAGUUUCUACGACAACGUGCCCAACGUGGCCUAUCAAGGCGAGGAAGACGAUGAAGACAAUGAAGGGGAGGGGCCAAAGUUGGAGGAUGUGCUGGAAUGUGUCAACGGCCUGCAGCGAUUCGUCAACGCCUGGACGGACAGGGUGGCAGCCGGAGAAGAGGAUGACGAAGAGGAAGAAGAUGAGGGGGAUUCGGAUUCGGCAUUGGAUUCAGCGUCUCCUUGUCCGUCCUCACCUUUGCAGAACCGGCUGGAGGAGACGGACAACGGGAGCGACCAGGACAGCACGGGUAACCCUCUGGGAGAAGGAGAGAGGGAAGAAGGGGAGGGGGAAGAAGCCAUGAGGGAGAGGAGGGACUCCGGAGUGGGAGCCUCUCUCACCAGAUCUAACAGGCCUCAGAAACUGCGCUGGCCCAGUUUCCAGGCCUCCCACCGGCCCAGUCACUCCUGGGCCCAGCGGCAGAUGGGCUGCCAGUCAGUACUGCAGAUGAACCUGCUCCAGAAGCUCUGCCUGCUCCAGCUUACAGCCCUCCUGGAGAAACACACCCCCACCAACAAACACGGGUUCAGCUGGGCUGUGCCGAAGUUUAUGAAGCGGAUCAAGGUGCGGGACUACAAAGACCGGAAUGUGUUUGGAGUACCUCUGCUGCUGAACGUCCAGCGUACGGGUCAGCCCCUGCCUCAGAGCAUUCAACAGGCCAUGCGCUAUCUACGCAGCCAAUGUCUAGACCAGGUGGGUCUCUUCAGGAAGUCGGGGGUUAAAUCACGUAUUCAGGCGCUCCGUCAGAUGAACGAAACGUGCGGUGCCGACGGAGGCGGAGUCAGUUACGAGGGCCAAUCAGCUUACGACGUGGCCGACAUGCUGAAGCAGUAUUUCCGGGACCUUCCAGAGCCGCUACUCACCAGCAAACUGUCUGAGACCUUCCUGCAGAUCUAUCAAUACAUGCCCAAGGAGCUGCGUCUUCAGGCUACGCGAGCGGCCGUGCUGCUGCUGCCAGACGAGAGCCGCGAGGCGCUGCAGACCCUCCUGUGCCUGCUGAGUGACGUCACCGCCGCCGUGGCAGAGAACCAGAUGACCUGCGCCAACCUGGCCGUCUGCCUGGCGCCUUCGCUCUUCCACCUUAACACGCUGAGACGCAAGGAGAGCUCCUCGCCACGGGGGAUGAACAAGAAGCAGCCGCUGGGUAAACCUGACCAGAGGGACCUCAACGAGAACCUGGCCGCCACCACCGGCCUGGCACACAUGAUCCAGGAGUGCAGGAAGCUCUUCAGGAUCCCAGAAGAGAUGAGUCGCUGCAGAAACUCAUACCAGGAGCAGGCCCUGACCCCCCUGAGGCUGGAGGAGCUAGGGGCUUCCUCUGGGGGGGACGGACCCAUGGGAUGCAGGACCCACCUCCAGGACAGCCUGGACGCCCUCCUCAAAGAGGCCAAGGACAAGUUCAAAGGCUAUGACAGCUGCUCCACGCCUGAACUCGCUGAGCUGGCGUACAAGAAGGUCCACGACGGCUCGCCGCUGCGCCUGUGGAAGGCGUCCGUGGAAGUGCCUGCGGGUCCUGAGGAGGUGUUGACGCGAGUCCUCCGGGAGCAGGGCCGCUGGGACGAGGACCUGAUGGAGAGCCGUGUGGUGGAGACGCUAGGCGAUCGCACAGAGGUUUACCAGUACACCAGGAACACCAUGGCCCCCCACCCCACCAGAGACCACCUCGUGCUCAGGACGUGGGUGACAGACCUACCUAAGGGAGCGUGUGCGUUGGUGUGUACCUCAGUGGACCAUGACGGGGCAGCGUUACUGGGCGUGCGGGCCAAUGUGCUCACCUCACGCUACUUCAUCGAGCCAUGCAGCAGUAACAAGUCCCGCCUCACACACAUCUCCAGGGUCGACUGCAGGGGUCGGUUCCCAGAGUGGUACAAUAAACUGUAUGGACACCUGUGUGCCAGUGAGGUGGUGCGGAUACGCCAGUCCUUCACCACCCAGAUGGAUAAGUGAGGGCCAGGCAGCUCCACUUGACUUGGAGACCAAAGUCACAAGAAGGGGCGACACCCUGGAACCCGAAAGACUCUCUAUCCACCCCCACCUCAGCCCCUAAUUCGCUACAGCCCUGAUGCUGGUUGGGGUUGACUGGGGGAGGACAACCCAUUGACUCAUUGACAUGAUUCAAGCUCUUGACAGACAUACCCUUGUGUCCUGGACAGAGAGACGUUGAACAGACUUUGUGGUCAUCCGUAGACUGUCAUCCACGACCAGGUGGGGUUACUGCCUCCGAGGGGUCCUGCAAGGCCUGGAACGGCCAUUCAGAGUUGUGUUAUGGUUCCUGUGCUAGGUGGUGCGUUGCGGGCGGCACAACCAAAGUAAAUGUGUCUGAAAUGGAAGUAUGGUGUCACUCAUCCAACAAGCAUAAUACCUUUACAGAGAGGAUGUGACAUCACCGUCACAGGAUGUGAUGUCACGGAUUAGUAAAAAGAGAAUCUAUAGGGGAGGGGGGCUUCUGAGAAGAGAGAAGGUUAGUGUGUGUGUGUGUGCGUGUGUGUGUGAUGAAUGGUUGAUUAAUUAGACAUAUUUCAUGCACUGGCUCCCAGCUGCAAUAUAGUGUGUAUAUACUAUAUCCUGCAUCUGUUCAUGUUGCUUUUUCCUGUUUCCUCUCUCUCUCUCUGUGUGUGUGUGUGUGUGUGUGUGUGUGUGUGUGUGUGUGUGUGUGUGUGUGUGUGUGUGUGUGUGUGUGUGUGUGUGUGUGUGUGUGUGUGUGUGUGACCCAAGUGUUUUUAUCCUGUUACAGUGGAGGCAAAGUCCACAACAUUGUUUUCAGGAAGAUACUGUAUUUUUCGACAGAUGGAUAAUAUGGGCUAACAGUUGUGUGAAUGUAUUGAAAAUAUGCAAUAUCUGAGUUUGUAUUGAUAAGUGGGGUAUGGUGAGUUGAUAGUUGGUUAAAUGGCAUUAGGGAAAGCUAGUAUCGAGUGGGUUUAAAGGAUGGAACAGAAGCAAAAUGGUGGCUGGAACACCAAUUGGUUGAGAGGGUUAAAAUCGCCCACCAAAACUAAAAUGGAGACUUAGAUUCUGAUGGACCAAGCUUAAAGAAAGCAGACAGUCACAGAGCAUUUUUGAUUGAUUCCACUGCUUAAAAGAGCACAGAGAAUACACAACAAUCAACAGGGCUAGGAUUCCAAAAUGGCCGCCAUUUGUAGGAUAAACGUUGAUGAAAGGAACACUUCCGGUUGCUACUUUUGUAGUACGAUGUACAAGAGCAGUCAAGGUAGUCUUCUGCUUCACAGAGAAAAACCUGGGGGGAAAGAAAUAGAAAAGAAGAAAUGAAUAGAAAACAAAGAAAAGAGAAGGUCCUUUUAUAAAGGUGUGGGAUUUUACAGGUUUUACUGUAAAUAGAGGAGGAGAAAGUGCAGGGAAUGUUUGUCUGGUUUAAAGAAGGAAAAAUAAUCUAUAUGCGCAGGUUUAUUUUCUGUAAGUCUGUCUGUCUGUCUGUCUGUCUGCUGUCUGUCUGUCUGUCUGUCUGUCUGUCUGUCUGUCUGUCUGUCUGUCUGUCUGUCUGUCUGUCUGUCUGUCUGUCUGUCUGUCUGUCUGUCUGUCUGUCUGUCUGUCUGUCUGUCUGUCUGUCUGUCUGUCUGUCUGUCUGUCUGUCUGUCUGUGUUACCUUAAAUGAAGUAUAAGACUAAUAGUAACCAAGUACACCUUCAUUGUGUUGUAUUGUUAAACAUUUGUGUACAUUAUUUGUAUGCCGUCAGAUAUGAGUAACGCAUGACAAUGACAUUUAAUUUAAAAAUAUAUUUAUACCUCAGAUAUGUUUUUUUUGUACCAUGUUUAUUUUAUUGUAAAUGUUAUGCUUAAGUUACAGAAAUUAGAAAUGUAUUUUAUAUUUUGUAUUAUUAAUAUUAUUUCUGUACAGAUUAAUCACAGUCACGUGCACUAUUAAAUGUAUUAAACAAAGAGUGUUGUCUUA